AUGCAAUCCAUAUCGGCUCUUCUGUUGUGUCUCGCUACAUUACUUCCUCCUCAGGCCCUCGCUGAGUCGGGUUCACCAAUAGCUAUCCGGAAGGUUGCCCCUGGUUCCCACGACAAGCUCCUUAGGGAGCAUCUCGCUUUCGCGCCACUACACGGUCUUACUCCGCGCGAAGCUGCCGCUGCUGCCAUAUCAUUUCUUGACGAGCAAGAUGACAAACUUCUGAGCCUCAAUGGCACAGAACGCUUCUACCGUCCAGCGUUUGCUCCUCACAGUGAAGAGUCCCACGAGAGCCUGCUGCGCCGAGCCGCAGAGGCACUGGCGUUGCUACAGAGGAGGUCGUCUUGUCCUAAGGGGAUGAACAGCUGCUCUGACAUUGAUUCCGAAGUCAAAUGCUGCCAGGAGGGAACCUAUUGUGUGAAUGUUGGCAAUACUGUGGCGGGAGGCAUCGCCUGCUGCCCUGACGGUGCGUCUUGUGGUGGAGGUGUUGGAGCGUGCCCUGAUGGAGCUACGAGUUGCUCUGCAGAACUUGGCGGAGGAUGCUGCAUUCCAGGAUAUGUUUGCCAAGGAUUGGGCUGCGUCCCAAGUGCUGUUGCUACACAGACGAGAACCGCAACUCAAGAUCAAACGACAGUCCUCACAACUUCCCAAGAAACAACUUCAGAGGACUCCACAGUCGAAUCUACUACCAAGACGGAAACAGAGGUUGAGACCACGGGAGAACCUACGACGACUUCCGAAGCUGGAACCACAACCGAGUCCGAAACUGAAAUUGAGUCUGGGACAGAAGAUAGCUCUGUGACCGCGACUCCCACAGCUACAGGCUCGGCCACUGGAAUCGCUCCAUAUCGCCCAACUGGCACCUCGGUAACAUCAAGCGACGAUGGAGAGACCCAAACAGGCUGUCCCACGGGCUUCUACGGCUGUCUCGCCACUCACGGCGGCGGGUGUUGUCGAACAGGCCGAAACUGUGAUGUUCAUGAUUGCCCUGCUCCUUCGACAACCAUCGUCUCAAACGGCGCGACUGUGGUCGUCCUUGCAACCGAUGCUCCACCUGCCCCAGGACCCUCAUCAACUUGCGCAGAUGGCUGGUUCCUUUGUGGUCGAGAUGCCGGCCCAGUAGCUGGAUGCUGUCCAGACGGAUAUGAUUGCGGCACAGCGAGUUGCUUCACAGCACAGGCCAGUGAAACCGGCCGUGUACAGAAGGAAUUUCCCAAGGCCGAUUCAGCUGCCUACGAGAAUCCCGCUAUCACAGUGGUGAUGAUGGUGGUGCUGUGUAUUGCGCUUGUAUGA